CUUUGUGAAGAUAUCCCCAUUUGCGAUUGUGCAGAUAGUCAACCUUUGAGAAUAUGUUUGCAAGGAGCAGGUGAUAUUUUGAACAUUCUGCAAUGUGUCUACAGCCGGCGACAGAUGGGUGAUAAGAGGAAAAUCGAGUUUUAUGUGAACGACUGCAGUCAAGCUAUUAUCGCAAGAGAUAUUUUGUUGUUGACACUUGCCAGUCAAGCACCACAGAAAACGAAAUCUUUAAACCAUUUCCUUGAUUUGUUUUGCAACAUCUACGCGAAUUUGUCUUUGGAUGAGUGUGCAGGACAUAAACUAGAUCAUCUUCUCGACCAUCUUCUUAACAACUUUCCAGCUGUAGACGGAUUCAUGCACAUUCCAACUGUUGAGCAUUUGUGGCACAUAAAGAAGAACUGGGCACUUUGGAAGACUAAAACUACAAGUUUGGAAGAAGCUCUUCAGCUCAGAAAUACGCAGGCAAGAACGUAUUUCAUUGGAAAGUAUUUAAAUUAUCACUCAAUAACUGAUGAACAGUUAGUGAUGCCGGAAUUGCUCCAAAACAGGGACUUGGCAGCAACAGAAACCAUGCAAGAAGAAUUGCUUCAUUAUUAUCAAACUGGAAACAUGUUAGAAAGAGACCGACAAGGUAGAAGUGUACUCAAGAAUGCAAAACUAAAUACUUGCAACUGGACACUGUUUGAUCCUGAACUAAAACAAUUUCCCACUUCCACAUCUCAACCUUUUCAGUUCCUCAUCAGUGGAUCAGAGGCUACUGACUACCAAGCAGAUGAUCAAACUCUUCUUGCUACAUUAAAGUCUGCAUAUAGACGUCUUAUCAAGACGUUUGCCGCUGACACCAACAAUUCCAAAUUACAGAUAACAUUUGAUGUUGGAGACUGCAAUUCUUUUCUGUCUCAGCGAAUCCCAUUCAACAUCACUUUUGAUGUUAUUGAUACAUCCAAUCUUGCAGACUACUUGGACCCUGUCAGUCUCUUGUUGUUUGCAUCCCCAAGACUGAACAGACUUGAACCCCAUGCUACAUUGUGGGUAGAAUUUCUCAAAUCACAGUCUGAUUAUUCAAAUUGUAAGCAGUUGAUAAAUAAAUCACUGGGAUUCUCAUACUCUUUGCUUAACACGUGUCUCAAACUGCAAUGUUUUUUGCCUAUUGAGAGCAGUCUACUUGUUGAUGAAUAUAGCAAAUUCUGUGGAGGAAGUAUAUUCAGAUCUAAUAUGGUUACUGGUAUAGCUCUCAAGUUCAAGUCAACUCCUUAUCCUAUUGGAUUAUCUCCCACUGCACUACAACUGAUGCCAAAUCCAUCUGAUUGUGUCUUUCGUCAAAUGAUUGACACAUAUCUCAUGUCUGUAUAUGAUAUAUAUACUGGCUGCUUCUUUCAAGAGUUACGAGACAAUUUUUUCUUCAAAUCCAUUCCAAAUCUGCUCCGUCUGUUGUGUAGUGUUGCACAAACGCUAGAUAACCCUAGAGAACUUUUUGAUUAUCUUUAUGAUAAGGUAAAAAAGUGUGAAACAACAGCAAACGUAUAUGGUACCAGAUCUCUAGAUGUCUUUGCAUUUGAUGUUCAAGUGUCAAGUUUGUGUUUGUGUCCACCAGAAUAUCAACCCACAAAGCCCUUGCAUCCAUACUUUGCCAACAGUUGUAAUCUGGAGACUCUAAUCUGUGAUGUAAAACCUACUUUAGCGGGUGUGACGGAUUGCUGUCCUGUUGUUGGCUGGAUAAUGAUAGAAAAUAUGACAACAGAAAAAUUCAGCAUUUCACAAGAGAUGACAGUGUUUCCUUGGAUUAAACAUAACAGUAAUCAUCUUCAGUUUAUCGACAGCAUCCAAAUCCUAAUUCGGGACCUCCAAGUGGAAAUCAGUGUUCCUGCAAUCCUAGGUCCUAAUGCCUGUGCAAAAAAUGUCGUGUUUGUUGCUUUGUCAUUGCGAUCAGGAUUGCUUUUAUAUAAGCCACUACAGACAUCUGUGCCUAAACCUCAACAACAGUUAACACUUACACAGAGAAGGCAAAAGUCUAUGCUUUCAGUACAAAAGACAUCAUGUGCCAAGAACCAAGAAGCAGUUGAGGUUUCUGUGUCGUCUCUGUUUGAAUCAAAAAAGAGCUUUAGAGUACAAGUAAAGCUCCAAACACGAAUAGAGUCUUGCUCGAGAUCUAAUGUGGCAGUGAGGGCAUCGUGUGAUGAAAAGAAUCAUCUGGCUGUCAAUCUACACAUCCAAAUCAAGACAGAAGAAACAACUCCACGAUCCUUUAAAACUAUGGUAUGGCUGCCAGCCUUCAUCGAUACCAGUCAUGACUGCAAAGCAUGGAUAGAUGAUGAACAACACAUUGUGGUCAUUCUCAAGAAAUCUGCUCUUUCUAUAAAAGCACAAAGAGAAAAACUAAAUUUGGACUCACUUUAUGAGUGGCCAGUAAACAGACCAUUGGGUGUUCCUAGCUCUAUGUUUACUCCAGAAGAAAUAACAGCUUUCAUGGUACAUGAAUUGCCAUUCGGUCAAGACAAAUAUUUGGAUGUCAGGAGACAUAUCAAUAUCAUGUUUACAACUCUGCUAGAUCACGAUGCAUACAAACAAGGUGUUGUCAAACUUUCUCAACUUCGAAACUACUUUGUAUCACUAAGCUCUCCGGAAACCGUUCUUUUGGCUCACAUGCCAAAGUUACGUAUUACCUCAGGUGGAGUACCAGUGAUUGUACUGGAUUACCUUGUAGCACAUAACCCACUUACAUCAUAUGCAAAGCAGUUCCUGUCUUACAUGAAUGUGAGCAAUAAUGUCCACAUCUCAAUUCCAACAAGUUUGUCAUCCAUUGAAUUUUUGAUCCAGUUGUUGGAAACAAAUUCUCAGCUUUUGUUACAUGAAACACCUGAAUAUGUGCAAAUAGAUAUCCACCUCCAACGAAGUUUCCUAGUUCCAUUGUACCCGCAAGGACCUCUUGCGUUUGGGAAUAUGCCUAUGCUGUUUGGGCAGUUUAUGAAAUAUUUUCAACAAAUUUUUAAUGAUGAAAAGGGCCACCGUGGAAGUCCACAAAUGGCAAAGUCAAGAUCAAGCAAUUGCUGCUCAUUGUGCUUGUCAAGUACACCCAAUCUAAAACGAUGUAGUCGUUGCCACAUUACAUUGUACUGCAGCACCGAAUGCCAAAAGAAGGAUUGGAAAGAUCACAAGAAACACUGUACACCUAGCAAGUAGUAUGUACUGUUUCCAUAAAGAUAGCAAAUCCUUAGACACGUUGUUCAAUUAUUUUAAGCCAAUCUGUAUCCAUGUAGUAAGUGUUCUUAUGUAUCAGAGUAUCUUGAUUAGAAAAUACCAAUAGAAAAACAUCUGUAUCACUUUAUA